AGACUCCAUCUAAAAAAAUAAAAAAAGUUAGACUUACCAUGUUGUCCCCCCUUUCCAACUAAUCUUUAACAUACCCCACCCAAGUUUUUCUCUCCUUAUCCUUACUCCACUUUUUGGCCACACCUGCCACUUCUGACCUCAUAAUCCCUUAACUGCAGUCUCAGGCCCCACCCCUGGGGAUACUGGUUAUCCACAACUAUCAACAGCUCUCUCCUGCCUGUCCAGCCUGGGCAUCCUCAGCCUAUGAAAUCCAUCUGCCUCUCCAGUCCACCAACCCUAUAGGCCUAUUUGCCCCACACAAGGCCUCUAGAACACCCUCCUUCUGCAUGACUCAUCAGGGCACUUUGUGAAGAGUGAGGCGAUCUUGAGGGCAUGUUCAUCUUCAUCAAACAUGGAGAUAAUCAGCAGUUUCUGGUCAAUACCAACUGUGCUGUCGUCGUGUUGCUGUAUUACAUCCGCAGUAAAGUAAAGUUGCCUAAAACAAACACCAUCGAUUUGUGUGAACAAACGGGGAAAAUGAAGAUGCUUUUCCUGAUGAAGCCCAAUCAUGCAGAGUAUGCCAGCAAAUACCUUACAGCUCGAAGCACCUACUACGUUUGUAAGGUGGAACGUGGGCCACCAGGAACCAGGCUGGAGAAUGCUUACAGAGCUUUUGUGCCUCUCCUCAAGAAUCCGGAGCCUCGGCUGCUUGUUGCACUGCGCAUACAAUGUGAUGCCCUGGAGAGGAGACGAAUUCAGAUGCUUAAAAUGAAAGAAGCCAAGAAGGUCGUUAUAAUUGAACCCCCUGCGAGUGUCCCGUCCAAGCAAUCAGGACGAUCAGACAAAAAGAAGUCCACUCGCAAGUCUCCGACCUUUAGGAACAGACCAGACUUCAGGAAGAAUAAAGGUCACCAACUCAAUAAAACCACCAAGCAAAAGAAGUAAUACUAGGUGUGAAAUUACUGGAAUUUAACGUGAGAUUUCUUUUUCUAGAAAGACUCCUUCUCCCAAUAUCUGCACUAAGGCUUGAGUACGUACGCCCC